AUGGGAUCAGAGAGGACAGAGAUACGCAAACGGCAGAUGGCUACGACCCCGGAGACCCCAGGUGCUGCACAGGCUCAGCUCAGCACAGGAAAUCGAGGGUCCAAUGCCUGCUGCUUUUGUUGGUGCUGUUGCUGCAGCUGCUCAUGUCUUACUGUUAGAAAUCAAGAAGAAGAGAGAGCAAGGAGAACAUCUCAUGAACUCCAAGCAGAGGGUAUUCCAAACUGUGAGGAAAGCCCUGCUCCCACUCUCGAAGAAGUAAAUGCCUGGGCUCAAUCAUUUGACAAGUUGAUGCUUACUCCAGCUGGCAGAAAUGCUUUUCGUGAAUUUCUAAGAACAGAAUUCAGCGAGGAAAACAUGCUCUUCUGGAUGGCCUGCGAGGAACUAAAACAAGAAUCCAACAAAAGUGUCAUUGAAGAAAAAGCAAGACUAAUUUAUGAAGAUUAUAUUUCUAUCCUUUCUCCAAAAGAGGUCAGUCUGGACUCCAGAGUAAGAGAAGUUAUUAACCGAAAUAUGCUGGAACCUUCACAACACACCUUUGAUGACGCACAGCUUCAAAUUUAUACCUUAAUGCACAGAGACUCUUACCCACGGUUUAUGAACUCUGCUAUUUAUAAGGACUUGCUUCAGUCCUUGUCUGAAAAAUCCAUCGAAGCAUAGAAUUUUUUCUUAUAUGUAUUUAUUUUAAAACAGACGGGACUCUGGGCUACAGAAAUCCACAGGGAAUUUAGAAUUAAGCAGAUAUUUACCUGAAAAUAACUCAGGCAAAUUUUACUACAGACUAUAUAAUUUAAAUCCGCACAAAGCUCUGACACAAUCAGCUAAGUACAGUUUCUGAUUAAAUUCAGUAUUACUUUGCAAAAGGAAAUGAAGAGAAUGAAGAAGAAACAUUGUUCAAAAAAUGCAGUAUUUUUUCAAACACAGCAGACAAUUUAGACACAAAGCUAUUACAACUUAUAUCUGAGGUACAAAUACCAACUGUGCAUGAAACUAAAACUGAUUUUUAAGUGGAGUGUUAGAAUUUUCUUGAAAACCAAACCAGUUGCCCCAUCCACACUGUGACCAAAGUAAAAAUAUUACUGUUAGUACUGUGUUACUCUAGGCAGUGCCAUCACACCUGGCAUAGGUUCAUUCAACUUAUUUUGUUUCCACAUAUAUGUAGUAAUGCAUAUAUGGUGCACUAAUGGAAAUUGGCACGCAAUCUCAAGUUUGUGGAAGUUACUGGUUGAAAUAAUGCUGCUUAUAAAAAAAAAAAAUCCUUUGCUGAAGAAUUAUUAUUUUAGUAUUAGAAUCUGCUGAAAGCAUUAAGUUCCCUUUGUUGAUGUUCAUAAAGUUAAAUUAUUUAUUUCAGAGGAAGGCAAGUCUGGGCAUUCAAAUUCCAAAAUAAAGCACAAGAAUUCU